AAGUGUUCCACUUGCUAUCGAUUGCGUUAGGCCGAUGACGCCUCCCCGAAUGGCGGCGGUUAAUUACGGUUGAACGGGGAAACCGAAGUAAGAAUUUGUCGGGAAUUGGAGGGGAAGAAAAAAAUGGCGAAACAUUGAGAGGAAAUUUGACAAUUUCGCGUUGGUAUGGAAGUAAAUUAGCGUGAGAAAUUCCGAGCCGAUUCCUUCAUUCGAGGAGCAAUCGGGGAUGAAAAGACUGCAUCGAUAAGAUAAAUUCAAGCGGGGCAAAAAAUUUAUUUGUGAAAAAUACGGAAAAGUUGGAAAAUAUGUAGAAAGAAAGAAUUUCUGAAAAGUGCGAACGCGCGAUUUUAGAAAUCGAAAACGAAGAGGAGGAGGGGAAAGAUCGGUCGGGUAAAUCGAGAGUACGCGAAGGAUGAGAUCCUACGACGGCGAGAGCAGCUCGACGGAGGACGAUGAUCGUCGGGAGGGUCUGCCGGAGGCGCACCUCCAGCAAGGGUCCUGGCAACGCUCGGCGUCGCAUCCCACUUGGGCAUGGGAGCACCGCAAUGCCAUUUCAUCGCGGCGAAAGAAGGAGCAAAAGUCACCGGGACGAGAUCUCGUUCCUUAUCCUUUGUCUCUUGACCGUUCGAGGACGAAACUUUCGCGACAUCCACUGCCUCCACAAUCCGCGGCGUCUCUCGAGUCCGUGUACUCGACGGCCGGCGCCUCGCACCCGAGCGUCUCGGCUCCACCGGCGGCGUACUCAUCGGAACACACACAGAGCGCACCAGGACGGAGGACCCCGCUGGGUGCUGUGGGUCUCGGCGGUUUCUAUUUUCAGCAACAACCCCAACCGCACGCCUCGUCGAGUGCGUUGUCCGAUGAGAAUCGACCCGACGAGAGACCCGGAGCCUCGCGACUGAACUGCCCUCCGAAGUCGAAGACGACCCGUCAAGGAAAAAGCGUGCGGCUGAAUAUUAACGCGCGAGAACGCAGGAGGAUGCACGACUUGAACGACGCUUUGGACGAGCUUCGCUCCGUCAUCCCUUACGCUCACAGCCCCUCAGUGAGGAAGCUCUCGAAGAUAGCCACCCUUCUAUUGGCGAAAAAUUACAUUCUCAUGCAAGGAAACGCCUUGGAAGAACUUCGGAGAGUGAUAGCCGUCCUGCAAUCGCCGCACGCUCAUACGACCGCCCUGCCACCCACGCCCGUUUCCUACGACCUACUUCAGGGAUUCCCGGGCAAGCUGUUUCAGGGGGUCCAGGAGAUGCAGGGACUUCCGGCAAGCGAUCCUCAGAUCGUGACCGCCGGAGGUCCGCCGACCGAUGGCACCGUCGCCAGUGGAGAGUCGAAUUAAGGCACUCGGUCGAUUUUGUAACGAGUGCUUGAAAGAUUCUCUCGUCCACGACUUUUCUUUGUUCGCGAAUAAUUCAAGUAGAUCGCGCGGGCCAAGCUGCGAAAUCGCACCGAAGAAAUUGAGUCGAACGGCGAGAAACGUAACACGAAAUACGUUGAAAUCCUCCAGAAUAUAAGUUCCAGAGGGGCGAUUAAUUAGUAAUUCACGUGAGAUCCUCUCUUACGAGAUUUUUAGACCAGUUACUACACGGGAGGAUCAAAUCUCGAGGAAGUACUCGAAGAAACGGGUGUCACGAAAGUAUUAAUUACUAGAAUAUUGUCGAAGCGCCGAUUAAUCGUUCGAGGAGCAGUUUGAUCUUUUCUUCAAUGUUAACACAAAUACCUUUUAUUUAUUUAAAAAGCAAAACGCUGUAAAUCGGAAAUCCGUAUCGUUUAAUUCUUUCCGUGACAACGCAAUUACAUUAGGAUCAAACGGAGCAAGCGAAAUAAACGCGCCGAAAUAUGAUCAAAAAUAAGAAAAUUAUCGAGAAAAAUCUAAGUAAAAUUACAAAUUAAACGGAGUUGGAAUUAAAGGGAAUUGGAGAAACGUUUAUUUCACGGAAAGAACAAAACGCACGUAAUUUCGAGCGAUACUCCGUUUUCCUGUCCUUGAAAGGGUUAAUCGAGUUCGUCUCGAAGUCCAGAAGAAGUUUGAGUGAAAGUAAUGACGAAAGUAUUAGCGAUUAAGCGAUUAACAGUCUAACGAUCCUAAAGUCAAUGAUACAGCAAUAAGACGAAGGCGCGUUCUCCUGCGUCCGACUGUCGAUUCUCAAGGGGAUUGAAUUUUAAUGAGGACAUCGGUCCCGCAAUUUCCCUCUGAGAGAAUGGAAAAAGAUAAUUCGCACAUACAAUUUUUCCCAAGUCACGAUCGUCUCACGUUCUUCGCGCAAGAGCGAAGAAACUCCUAAGGACGAGAAGUGACGGGGGUGAUGGAACAAUUUUUGCGGGAAAUUGAACACGAUCCUCGUUCAGAACACUCGAAUCUCGAUGAGAAAUGGACAGCCGGAAGAAUGGGAACGUCGCUGGGACUUGGAACGCGAAUACUUCCAAGUCUCGUCCUGAAACUCGAUAGUCAAUAUUAGUAUGUGAUACGUGUCGAGGAGUUCUAGUCAUAUACAACAUAAAGAUAUUGAAUAUUCAUAUACACAUAUACAAUAAAAAUAUAUAUAUACAUAUACAUAUAUAUAUUUAAUAAUCUAAACGAGGCAUCGACUUACGACUUAUUUAUAUACUUAAGAGUCUACUACAAUGUGCCGAGGAUUUAUCUGCUUCAUGCGCGAGCGUGAGUGAGAGAGAGAAAGAGAGAAAAAAAAAGAGAGAGAAAGAGAGAGAGAGAGAGAGAGGGAGUCAGGUGAGAAUAAACUAUUUAUUGCGCUAUUUGUAAGAAUACGAAAUCGUGCGAUUUUCACGAGGUCCGAAUUUUCUCGGUGGGUGCAAGGACGAAGCAGCGUCAACGAAAGGCAAGAAAGAUACUUGUUGUAGAGUGUAGAUAUAAUUGUUUAGUGCUCUCGAAUAAAAUCUAUUUAAGAAAAUCACAUAUUGUCGAAUCCGACGGCGUACCGUCGCUACGCUCUCUUUCUCAUUUCACCUAGGGAGAUCUAAUUUUCCUUUAAUUCAAUUUAAUUUUCUUCCCGAUUAAUUGGAUUUUCAUCGUAUCGCCUCGAUCUCCGUCGAAAUCCGGUUGAAUAUUUUCCCAAUAGGCGGCGAUUAUUGGUUCGAUCGUUAAUUCGACGUUUCGAGUUAUCGCAUUCAAUUUCAACGAUCAAAAACCAAAAUUCGCGAUAAAGACGAGGCUUGGCAUCACGGAGCUUCGCAGAUAAAAGGGUUCCACGCGACGUCCGCGUCAUAUCCGCCGCUUCAGGCCGAAAAUCGACUCUCCGACGGACUUUCUCCGCCGAACAAAGGUUCAAAUCGCGCGGGCCAGCGAACGGUCGGCAUCUUGGCGACUGAAAGUUGGCGCCUUCCAAGUGGCGCCGCUUCUCGGCGGCGGGCGGAAGUUUCUCUUCAAGGUCAGCCGAGCGUUUCCCUCGUUUUACUUCAAAAAUACCGCUGG